AUGCUCAUACCCGACGUGUCGUCUCUAAGCCCAGUGUCGGCUCUCUUUCCUUUGGCAUUCGUAUUAGUAGUAUCGGAAAUACGAGAAUUCGUCGAGGAAUAUCAGGCUUAUAAUAGAGAUAAGGAAACUAACUCCACCAAGACCCACAAGAUCGACAAGGACGGUACAGUGGUGGCCGUCCCCUGGUCUGAUCUCCGUGUGGGUGAUGUGGUAUUGGUGAUGGAUCAAGAGCCUAUUCCCGCUGAUGUGGUAUUAUUAUUGUCCUCACACGCGGAGAAUGCUAAGACCGGAUCGGUGGCGUAUAUGGAGACGAGUAACCUGGAUGGUGAGACUAAUCUCAAGACGAGAGAGGCUCCUAAGUUGGUUGGAAAGAUGGUCGCUGCUGGUUCGGAGUUCACAACACGGCGAUCCAAGACUUCAGGUAGUGUUCAUGCUGCUCCUUCCUCCAGUGUCUAUGCUAUAAGCCUGUCAGUCCCUCCUGCAGUUACUACCGAGCCCGAUUCGAGCACUGCAGGCGUACAACAGGGAUCACCAGUGGAGAGGAUGACUGUCAAGCGGUUCGCUACUGGCAUCAAUGCUGAGGACUCUCUCGGGCGUUUGGUAUCAUCCAUGGCGAUGGAUUUUGAAGCUCCUCAUGCUGAUAUGUACAAGUUCAAAGGGACCAUUGCUCCGCUCAGUAACACGGAAGAUGAGGGCUUUGCUGAGGGGUUGUCUAUCAACAACAUGCUCCUACGUGGGUGUAAACUUCGUAACACUCCUUGGGCCGUUGGUAUGGUGACUUAUGCUGGAUAUGAUAGCAAAGCUGAGAUGAAUAGUAGAGCCGCUGGUCUACAUCCAUCUAAGCAUUCUACGGUGGAGAAUCAGCAAAAUGCCUAUGUUACUUGGCUGGUCGUGUUGUUGGUGAUCCUCUGUGCCAUCGUCACUAUCGUUUUCAGUACGGAGCCCUCACCAGAGGAUGAGGACUUUCCUUGGUACUUGGUGGGUUUGAGUUAUCAAAAUCCUAUUAUCAACUUCCUCGCAUUCUUCGUCCUGUUGAAUACAUUGAUACCGAUGUCACUGUGGGUCACGCUCGAGAUCCUCAAGUUGGCCCAGUCAUUUCUCAUCGAGUGGGAUAAUCAAUUCUACGAUAAAGAAAGAGAUCUCCAUGCUCGGUGUAAUGCUAAGAACAUGCAUGAAGAGUUGGGGAUGGUGACACACGUGUUCUCUGACAAGACGGGUACACUCACCUGCAAUAAGAUGGAAUUUAAGGGCGCAGCGGUCGGCGGCAAAACGUAUUCUCUCGAUUUUAACGCCCCGGCGCCUGGCUCGGUCCCCGAUGGAAAGAAGUGCAACGCGGUCUUCUCGGGCGUCCUCCCAACCAACUUGCAGCUCAUUGGGUUAUUGCAACAAGAGUUACAUCGCGAUGGCGUGGACUCGGCAAUGGGGCAAUUUCUCAUGUGCCUGGCUUUGAACCAUUCUUGUGAGCAUGUCGCUGGAGGUCAUAUAGAUCCUCAGCAUAUGGCAGAGGAGCCAGCGAAGAUACUCACUGGUUGCAUACAGCUUUUCAAUAAGAAAAAGAAGGGACAGGAACAGAGGGGGGAUGACGGGGAUGAUUCGGGGCGAUUAGGUCGAGGUAUGAUGGAUGGUGGUGCGGGCGGGCUGAACGAGGGAGAUGCCGAAGAGCCGGAUAGUUAUCAAGGCACGUCUCCAGAUGAGACCGCUUUGGUGGGCGCAGCGGCUGACUUUGGUAUACGUUUUAUUGACCGAACACCUGAGGUGGAGAUGGUCAGACUGCCUGAUGGCACUGAGAAGACCUGGAGGCUCUUACACGUGGUUGAGUUCACUAGUGAGCGGAGGAUGAUGACGGUGGUCGCAACUGACAAUGACACAGCUGAUACUGACGAUAAGCCUGUGUACAUUUAUACUAAGGGAGCUGAUAGCUCUAUUUUACCCAAGUGUAUUAAUAAUACCAGCGAUGAUAAUAUGGUUCGAACACAUACUAAGAGGAUGGUUGCAAGGUUUGCUGAGACGGGAUUCCGUACGCUAUGCGUUGCCUAUCGUACGAUGUCGCUAUCAGCAUGGAAGAGUAUCCAGAGUGAGAUCGAUAUUGCCCAGACCAAGGUGGUAGAGAGGGAGCGUCUAGUGAGCGAGAUAGAGGCCAAGAAGAUUGAGGUAAACUUCACCUUGCUAGGGUGCACAGCAGUAGAGGAUAAACUACAAGAUGGGGUCCCUGAGACCAUUGCAUCUUUGCGUAAUGCCAAUAUCACGGUUUGUAUGAUAACUGGUGAUAAAAGGGAAACGGCGAUCAACAUCGCCAGGAGCUGUCGACUAGUCACCAGCAAACAGAAUGUGUAUACGAUGAUGAGCCAAAACAACAUGUUCGGUGGUGGUAACUUCGUCCCAAUAAGGAGUUUACAGCAACUUCUAGAGGCCAAAGAGCCGGCACUGGGAGUGAAUACACCGCUCGAACCUGGCUCAUUGGAUGAGGACGGCGACCCUGAUGAAAGUGAUAUGCUACUGGGACCUAAUCCACGAGCGAUAUGGGAGCUCACUGGGGAAGGUCAGGACAUUGAGGAUAAAAUUCGCAACGAACAACAGGCCAAAAGACUCGUCUCUCGAACUGCAUCGAACACAUCCCGAGUUGCGUCCUCUCCGAUGAGGGUGGCAUCAGCACGUGGCGUGAGCACACCGGAUGGGAACUCUACGACAACUGAGAAGUUCUCGCUGGUCAUUGAUGGUGCAAGUCUAGCUACUAUACUUGUGAACCCGACCAGUAGGAAGAAGUUGUUGGAGGUGCUCACCUACGGUCAAUGCGAGUCUGCUGUGUUCUGUCGAGUGAACCCCAAACAGAAGGGGGAGAUCGUACAUCUAGUGAGGGCCAGUCUCGAUAAGCGAGGCAGAGUCCUAGCGAUAGGUGAUGGUGCCAACGAUAUCAAUAUGAUACAUCAGGCUCAUGUUGGUGUUGGUAUAUUCGGACAGGAGGGGUAUCAGGCAGCUGGUACGGCUGAUUAUGCUAUCAGCAGAUUUGGUGAUCUCUAUAGGCUUAUGUUCUAUCAUGGUCGGAUAAACUACGAGCGUAAUACACAUUUCAUAAAUUUCUUCAUCUACAAGAACUUUGUGUACACGCUGUGCCAGUUCUGGUUCGGCAUAGUAUCCUACUGGACGGGUCAAACGGUUUUCGAGAGUUGGUAUGUUCUCACCUAUAAUUCUGUAUUCUGUUUGGCGCCCCUUUUCAUUGCGGCCCUCUUCGAUAAGGACAUCGAUCCGGACUUGGACGCUCCUGCUCCCAAGGGAUGUGGUCGGAUGCCUCAUCCCACUGGCCUUACGGUUGAUAAAUGUGAUGUUUAUCGCGAGGCUGUGGCAACCACUGGCAACAUCACCUUUUGGCUCAUCCUCUUGCUUAUUACUGCAUCUUGUGUAUUACCAAUAGUUGGUGCUGCCAAACUACGUGGACUGACGGACCACGCUUACUUCUCGGACCAGUUGCAGGAGAUGAGGGCGUCGUAUAAGCGAAAAACUCGCAAAGAGAACCGUGAGAGUUCUUAUGCAUAUUGCAAUAACAGCAUAUCUACACGAGCGUAUACUUGGCUUACCUUCCUCCCACUAUGUAUAGUCUUCCAGUUCCGAAGGCUGUCGAACUGUUAUUUCCUCCUCACUGCUGUUCUAGCUUACGUACCCGACGUAGGCUCUCUCAAUCCCUUUGCCUCUGUGGCUCCUCUGAUUUUCGUGCUUAUCGUAUCGGUCGGCCGAGAGUUCAUUGAGGAGUACCAAGCCUACCUACGUGAUAAGGAGACUAACCGUGGCCGUUGCCAUGUGGUGGUCCAGGGUGGGCGUGUGGUCUCAAGACAAUGGUCCGAUAUAUACCCUGGGGAAAUCGUUCUUGUGAAGGAGUGGGAUCAGCUACCUGCUGAUGUGGUAUUAUUAUUGUCCUCACAUGCUGAGAAUGCUAAGACUGGAUCGGUGGCGUAUAUGGAGACGAGUAACCUGGAUGGGGAGACUAAUCUCAAGACGAGAGAGGCUCCUAAGUUGGUUGGGACAGUGCUGGCGAUGAGCUCUACCACUCGGAAUAGUGAGUCCGGCAUCAUCGAAUCAGAUACCGUGGAAGAAAGCACUGGAGAAAGGCGCGUAGCUCUUGAAGGUCACAACAUCGUCACGGACGUAGCCUCUUUUGCUCUGGGGUUCACUGCGAUACCUUGUCAGUUGUCGGAGGAUGAGAGUGCACAGGAGUUGUCAUUGUUGGUGAGCAGCAGGCUCUCCAUCGACUUUGAAGCUCCUACCACUGAUAUGAUGAAAUUUCAAGGUACACUAACGGUGGGUGAUGACAACUGUGAGGCAACGGAAAGGUCUCAGGCGAUCACCAUUGACAAUGUGUGA